CCGAAAGUUCCAACUUCCAAGUCAAACUAUGCGGAUACUGUCCAGUUGACUUAUUGGCAGUUCAGAUAUACCUGGGCGAUAGUUGGCGGUGAAACCUAUUCCUAUAACGAAAGAUUCCGGAAGGCGGUGACAAUUCAAUUUAAAAAUAUGACAAUAAUUACUAAGAAGCCAACGAACCGUGUGGAAGAUUGUGAAGAGCUGGAUGACGUGGUCGGCGAUUGCGAAAUUUUCUUGUACACCAAACCGGCGGAAUUCUCUUCCAUCGGCAACUUCCUGUUGUCCAUCACCAGGAACGAAGACAACAUUUAUUUCCAGAAAUGGUUUCUCGUCGCUCGUUUCUCACGCGACGGUCGUGUUUACACCUUUGAAGCUGUGGAGAACAACUCCGGGCGCAUGGAGGCAAUCCGGACGACCGGAAGCGUUCCAGCCGACCCGAAGGAAAAACUGGCCAUCGGCACAGUUCGCACCUCUCCGCAGAAAUUGCUUUCCUUGGCCCAGAAGCAUCCGUACAACGGGACCACCACACCCAUACUAGCCACAUUGAAAAAGUGCCAAGAUUGGCUGAACGAAUUCCUUCGAAUGGUUUCGCCAUCGCUAAAUUUACCUUAAUCUUUUUAAAAACGAAUAUACACAAUUCUAUGUAAAAUGACGUCUUAAUAAACAAUUCUGAAAAUUGAAACG